AUGACCCACCUAACAAAUAAAAGAAAACGUCUACAAAAAAUUACCAAAGACCGUGAAGCUAAUAAAAAACGAUGUUGUGAUAUUUAUGAGAUUAUUAAUUCUUUGGACAAAGAAGAGUUAAUAAAACUUCAAUCCCAUAUUAAUUCAAUAAAUUUCUCAAAUAUCAACAUCUAUGAGAUUAUUAAUUCUUUGGACAAAGAAGAGUUAAUAAAACUUCAAUCCCAUAUGAAUUCAAUAAAUUUCUCAAAUAUCAACGUCUAUGAGAUUAUUAAUUCUUUGGACAAAGAAGAGUUAAUAAAACUUCAAUCCCAUAUUAAUUCAAUAAAUUUCUCAAAUAUCAACAUCUAUGAGAUUAUUAAUUCUUUAGACAAAGAAGAAUUAAUAAAAGUUCAAAACUAUAUUAAUUCAAUAAAUUUCCCAAACAUUAAUAUUUAUGAAAUCCUUAAUCCCUUGGACCAAGAUGAAUUAACAAAAGUACAAAGUUAUAUUGAUUUGAUCAACCCCAAACAACAAAGCACUAUCGAAAAAAAGCUCGACGCAUUAAUCGAUAAAGUAAAAAGUUUACCGGAUAAUCAAAUUCUAAGAAUUGAGCAUUUAAUUAAUACUAUGACAUAUUCUAAAGGUAAAACUAAAGGUGAAAUAUUGUCACCAUACUUACAAGAUAAAGCAAAUAAAUUCGUGACGAGUGCUAAAUCAUUAAGUACAUCGAAUAGUGAGCUUAGGUCGUUCUGUAUGAAGAUGGUACGAGCAGAAGAAGCGAAACAGAAAUAUAUUUCCAGAAUUCAGUCCGUUGCUCAAAAAUCGAAAAAAAUAACAAAAAGUCAGUUCCAAAUUGCAGCAAAAAAAAUGAUAAAAGAAAAUAAUCAUAUAUACACAGCUGAAUUUGUUAAACUCACUACAGAUAUAAGUAAUAUUGGGACUAUUUCUCUCUCAGCGGCAGCUGAAUGCAUUAAAGAAAUGAUAACUUUCUUUACUGGUGAACCGCCUGAUUAUUCGCUUUCAACAAAAACUCUUUCGCGGCAGAAAUAA